AUCAGUCGCCGCACGCGGUUCCGCAGGUGGCAGCGAUGGCCCAGUCCUGAACUCCCCGCCAUGGCCGGCGCCCCCGGCCCGCUGCGCCUCGCGCUCCUGCUGCUCGGGAUGGUGGGCAGGGCCGGCCCCCGCCCCCAGGGUGCCACUGUGUCCCUCUGGGAGACGGUGCAGAAAUGGCGAGAAUACCGACGCCAGUGCCAGCGCUCCCUGACUGAGGAUCCACCUCCCGCCACAGACUUGUUCUGCAACCGGACCUUCGAUGAAUACGCCUGCUGGCCAGAUGGGGAGCCAGGCUCGUUCGUGAAUGUCAGCUGCCCCUGGUACCUGCCCUGGGCCAGCAGUGUGCCGCAGGGCCACGUGUACCGGUUCUGCACAGCUGAAGGCCUCUGGCUGCAGAAGGACAACUCCAGCCUGCCCUGGAGGGACUUGUCGGAGUGCGAGGAGUCCAAGCGAGGGGAGAGAAACUCCCCGGAGGAGCAGCUCCUGUUCCUCUACAUCAUCUACACGGUGGGCUACGCACUGUCCUUCUCUGCUCUGGUUAUCGCGUCUUCGAUCCUCCUCGGCUUCAGACACCUGCACUGCACCCGGAACUACAUCCACCUGAACCUGUUUGCAUCCUUCAUCCUGCGAGCAUUGUCCGUCUUCAUCAAGGACGCAGCCCUCAAGUGGAUGUAUAGCACAGCCGCCCAGCAGCACCAGUGGGAUGGGUUCCUCUCCUACCAGAACUCUCUGGGCUGCCGCCUGGUGUUUCUGCUCAUGCAGUACUGUGUGGCGGCCAAUUACUACUGGCUCUUGGUGGAGGGCGUGUACCUGUACACACUGCUGGCCUUCUCGGUCUUCUCUGAGCAACGAAUCUUCAGGCUCUAUGUGAGCAUAGGCUGGGGUGUUCCCCUGCUGUUUGUUGUCCCCUGGGGCAUUGUCAAGUACCUCUAUGAGGACGAGGGCUGCUGGACCAGGAACUCCAACAUGAACUACUGGCUCAUUAUCCGGCUGCCCAUUCUCUUUGCCAUUGGGGUGAACUUCCUCAUCUUUGUUCGGGUCAUCUGCAUCGUGGUAUCCAAACUGAAGGCCAAUCUCAUGUGCAAGACAGACAUCAAAUGCAGACUUGCCAAGUCCACGCUGACACUCAUCCCCCUGCUGGGGACUCAUGAGGUCAUCUUUGCCUUUGUGAUGGACGAGCAUGCCCGGGGGACCUUGCGCUUCAUCAAGCUGUUCACAGAGCUCUCCUUCACCUCCUUCCAGGGGCUGAUGGUGGCCAUCUUAUACUGCUUUGUCAACAAUGAGGUCCAGCUGGAAUUUCGGAAGAGCUGGGAGCGCUGGCGGCUUGAGCACUUGCACAUCCAGAGGGACAGCAGCAUGAAGCCCCUCAAGUGUCCCACCAGCAGCCUGAGCAGUGGGGCCACGGCAGGCAGCAGCGUGUACACAGCAACUUGCCAGGCCUCCUGCAGCUGAGACUCCAGCGCCUGCCCUCCCUGGGGUCCUUGCUGCAGGCCGGGUGGCCAAUCCAGGAGAAGCAGCCUUCUAAUUUGAUCACAGUGGCGAGAGGAGAGGAAAAACGAUCGCUGUGAAAAUGAGGAGGAUUUCUUCUUGUGAAGCCACAGGCCCUUGGGGUUCCCCCAGACAGAGCCGCAAAUCAACCCCAGACUCAAACUCAAGGUCAAUGGCUUAUUAGUGAAACUGGGGCUUGCAAGAGGAGGUGGUUCUGAAAGCGGCUCUUCUAACCUCAGCCAAACACAGAGCGGGAGUGACGGGAGCCUCCUCUGCUUGCAUCACUUGGGGUCACCACUCUCCCCUGUCUUCUCUCAAAGGGAAGCUGUUUGUGUGUCUGGGUUGCUUAUUUCCCUCGUCUUGCCCCCUCAUCUCACUGCCCAGUUUCUUUUUGAGGGGCUUUGUUUGGGCCACUGCCAGCAGCCGUUUCUGGAAAUGGCUGUAGGUGGUGUUGAGAAUGAGCAUUGAGAAGGUGCCCGCUUCUCCUCCAGGUAUUUGAGUUGUUUUGGUGCCUGCCUCUGCCAUGCCCAGAGAAUCAGGGCAGGCUUGCUACCGGGGAGCCCAGCCCUGGGGUAUGAGCUGCCAAGUCUAUUUUAAAGACGCUCAAGAAUCCUCUGGGGUUCAUCUAGGGACACGUUAGGAAUGUCCAGACUGUGGGUGUAGAUUACCUGCCACUUCCAGGAGCCCAGAGGGCCAAGAGAGACAUUGCCUCCACCUCUCCUUGGAAAUACUUUAUCUGUGACCACACGCUGUCUCUUGAGAAUUUGGAUACACUCUCUAGCUUCAGGGGAUGUGACCAUGAAGAGACUCUCUUAGGGAAACCAAUAGUCCCCAUCAUCACCCUGGGAGGCAGGCUCCCUCUGCCUUUGAAAUUCCCCCACUUGGGAGCUUGUAUGUACUUCAUUCACUUUUCUUUAUUGCUGUGAAUAGUCUGUGUGCACAAUGGGCAAUUCUGACUUCUCCCAUCUAGUGGAAAUGAGUGAAAUCAUGGUUGUAGUGAUGUUGUUUGGGAGAGUGCAGUAGUAAUUGAUUUGACCCACUCACACUUGGAGCUAAUUAAGGUUUGCCCUGCCUGCAGCCUCCCCCACAAAUAAUGAACAGCAGAAAGGCUGGACAGGGAAACCUAUCAAUCCUGCCCCCAGCCAUGAUGAGGAAGCCCCAAGCCACGGUGACACACAGCAGCACUGCAGAUACCCAGACAGAUAGCCAUCCUAGAGAGGCUGGCAAGGAGUUCGCGGCUGCAAAGGAAGCUUCUGGAGCAAGAGAGAGCUCGCUCCUGGGAGUCAGGACCUCCGGGGAGAGCAGAGGGUUCCUACAGAUUCCUUUAUGAGUCAGUCUCUCCCUCCCUUUUAAAUGGUGGGAACCCUCCCCAAAACCUUACCUUAGACACAUUCUCCUGUGCCCCUCAGAGAGGCAUGUGAUGUGCAGGGAAAAUAAUAGGAUAUAAAACACAUCAAGCAGAAAGUUUCUUAUACUUCAGCUUCAGUGAACUGUUGUCUAUGUUAAUAGGGAAAUUGAACCUCAGACUAAAGAAAGGAAUUGUGUGGAUGGCUGCCUUGACUGAGACAAUAUGGGCAGGGGGCACUCCUGCUUCCCCAGAACAAGGUCAGGCUUCCCAAUGGCACCCCUUAUUUGCUGUCUCUUCGUGAGGGUGGGCACCAGUGGGUUGAUGUGGGAAACAGUUCUGGUGCAAGUGUUUAAGUUUUAGAUAGACUGAGGAUUUUGAGAACCGUUAUUACAUUACAUAGCAACAAAGAAACAGAUUGAUAUAAUCUGUGUGAAAUAAAUUGCUGAGGAGAGGGACUGCAGGGAAGAAAUUGCUUAGUUAGGCACCUCGGAAGCUCAAAUCAUUUAGUUUAAACUUUAAGUAGAGUUGUCUUCCCAACUGGAACUGUGAUUCUUGAUUUCAGAAGGCUCAUCAGACCCCCACACCCAAGCCUUUUAACACGGAGGAAGUUUUUCCUUCAUGAAUACAUACAAGAUACCGAACUGAAGAAAUCUUUUCUUUGCUCCAACCCCCGCUCCCCCCGCCCCCCGAAGCUAUUAAUAGUCAUUCAAAUGGCACUGCACUCUUUCCAAGCUCUCCUAAGCUAAAUAUGGCUCCAACAGGUCUGGGAACUAUCGAAUGCAAUGUACUCUGAAAUUCCACCAGCUGUUUACAUGCCUGAUGCCUAAUGCCAUACACCUGGAGCUUGCUGAGAACUCUCGGCUGCCUCUGUCCUGGGGUACUAUUGCUGACCAGCAGGGUGUAGGCGCUGCUUUUGUUUGAGCUUUGUAGCCACAAGGUCUGAUGGCUAUUGUGAACAGCAGCUGACUUCAGCACUCUGGCCAGCUUCCUCAAACUUGAUAGGGGCUUGCAUUUUGUCCAUUUUUCUUUGCCAUUUCAGUCUUUCAAGCAGCUGAAUCACAGAACUGAAACAAACCACUUACAUUGCAAAGUUCCUUCCCUUUAAAAUGAGUUUCUGGAUUGCAGGGAUGAUUUUUUAUGGUCUUAGUGUGUCUCAUGCCGUAGACCUCAUUGUUGGAGCUCUGGGAGACUCUGAGCAGAGAAAGACCUUGGUGAUCCCCCCUGGCCCGAUCUAUAGGAUUCAAGAAUGAGGCUUGCAGAGGUGGCUUGCCCAAGGUCACAACACUAGAGGGUGGUUGAGCUGGGCCAGGACACAGACAAGCCCUUGUCUCUCAGUCUAGUGAGGCCUCUGGGAAGGAUAGGUGAAAACUAUAAAUAGCUGUUCAAGAUACUCUAAGUAAAAGUCAGUGGUGUUAUCUGGAAUUUCUACUGAAGAGGAAAUACAGCAGCAAAGGUAGACUCAUCAGAUGGUGAAAGUGUCAUCUCCUUUGUAAUUUAUACUGGUGAGAGGAGGGGAACGAUGUGCUUUCCUAUUUUUACUCUGGUACUUCAUUCAUCCUUGUCUUAAACUUAAGAAAUGAAAUGCAUCAGGGCACACACACACAUAAAAACAGCACGCAAGCCAUUUUGGAUGGCAAUUCCAGCACUCUUUUAAUGGAUUAGCUUAAUUUUUUUUCUGAUGCCUCUGUAUGUGUUUGAAAAGUUGUAUUGAUAGUCACGCAGAGUGUACUAAAAUAACCUAAAAGGUCUUGAACCUCCCCUUUACCUCUUUAGAACCUCUGAAUUUGGAGACAGCUAGCAAACGGCAACUGUAGCCUAGCAAAGAUGGCACAGCACCACAAAGGGCAAAUGGAGUCAACUCCCUUCCAUGCUCUGAAGGUCUUGGCCACUCUCAUCAGGGUUGGCUGUGUUCUAUCCAGCAGCUCACAGUCAGGAGACCUCUCCUCCUCAGUCCCUCCCAUUUCUUUCUUCCACAAGGAAAGAACAUUGCAUGUGGGUGUCUGUGUGUGUAUGUGUGUGCAUGUGUGUGUGCAUGUUUCUUCUGUGCAUAGCAGCAUAAAGUUAGGAGAUGAUGACUCCAGAAUCAUCACACCCGCUGUGCAGGUCAUAGGACCGCACACCCGAGGCUGGGAGUCUAAGUGGUAGAUGCUUCCUCUCCAUGCGCAGACAGGGCUCCCAUUAUUUGCUAAUGCCUGCGACGUGCUCAGGGAAGGCAAAAUCUAUUCCAAAGGUUUAUUUUCCCUCCGUUGAAUUGAUUCUAAUCUACAGUGCUGACCCUGCUUUUGGCUCCUAUGAGGCAAACUAUAAAAAUUCUCAAAUAAAAUACAGAGGCUUACUCUGCAAAGACACCUGUGUGAAUGACGUGCUAAACAUUCAGCAGAAACCAAAUUAGGAUCAACUCUAACAUUUUUCCCUCUUUUGUGGCUGGAAUCAGUUCCCCUGGGAAAGAAAAUCGCCCAAAUGAGAAACUUAUGCCAACCACAUUCCCAUGCCCCUACACUGUUACCUGCUGGCCCAGAUCAGCUCUCUGGGUCUGCAGAGGGCCGAGACAGGAAGCAUUAUUAAGCAGUAUAAUUUCAAACACUUUACUUAGUGCCACAGUGUGUCUGCAGUAUCUAUAACUACUUCUGCUCUGUCAAGGAAUACAGACUGGCAGGAAGCAGAUAAGUAUAAUUGUUUUCCAAUAACUCCCCAAGCCUCUUGGAAUAUAUAUGUAUCUGAAUCUCUCAGAGGAGAGAGUUUUCUCUCUUCUUUGGCCAUUUUAGCCUGUUUUCCAGGACCUUGUCUAGCAGUGGCUCCAUUUUUCCCUGAUGCAUCCAACUUCCCUCCCUGCACUCCUCCUCCCCGACUGCUGCCUCAGGAAUAGGUGACCCUGCUGGCCAUACUGUGAAUGCUGUUCUUUCAGCUGUGACCAAUUUGGGGGUGUAGCUGAGAGUGAGGUGCUGUCAGGGCUGAAAAGGACACACCUCAUUCUACAUUUGGAUGCAGUGAGGAGCGGGGCAGCCACCAGCUUGGAUCCUAACUUACAUUGGGUAGUGCAACCUUUCUGACGGGGCCUGCCAAGUUAUCAGUAAUUAGCCAGCCUAGGCAAUGUAGCAUGACUAAUUAUUGCUGUGUCAAAGCAAUUCAGGACAAGAAAAACAUAUCUAAAUGAGAAUGUUUAAAUGUGGUGAGAAAAGAGCUCUCACCACAGUUUGAAACGUAUAAAAAGUUGAGUUCUUUGCAGGGGAGCCAAUGGGGACAUUGAGGGAAGGGCAAAAUUCACCCCAGACAGCCAGUGCUUGAUCUUGCCAAACAGUUCACACUUUACCUCCAAACCUGCAGUUCUAACCUCCUCCCACUAAAAUAAUCAUCCCAUCCUCAAAGCAGACAAACUCCAGCAUCCCAUCGGUUCUGGAGGGAUUUGAUGCAGACCUUUAAAUGCGCCAACAGAGAGGUAAGCCAAGCUCUCAGGAGGGCCAAAGAUAGAUUUCUAUCUUCAGUGCUCUUGGGGGAUGUUUGCUCUUCAUGAGUGUUUAAACAAGAUCAUUUCCAUGUGAUUUCUUAAUGUAUAAAUUCCUGCAAAAUAGGACCAGCUUCUAUAGGUAGCGAAUGUGUAGGUCAUAUAAUUCCUUGUACAGAUGUGAAUGGAUGCAGACUCUUUCCUAAUUUGCCUUGUAAGCCAAAUAAAAGUCUGUCUCUACUGUC